GGCCUGCUCAAUAGCAGCACAGGCAGGCAGGUCCAGCAGCAGCAGCAGGGAGCGAGGCGAGCGAGAUCUGCCAGCCAGAUCUGACGGUGUAAUCUCCUUGUUCUCCAUCAAGCCAACUGCUCACGCCCUAAUAUGUCAUUGCGAGCCGAGCUCGCUCCGUCUUUUGCCCAUUUCACGACGGACUGGCAGUUCUAGUCGAGUGCAGUGGAGUAAUGAGCGUGAAUCCGAUGUCUUUUGUCGCGCUCCACCGCGAGUCCAGAGUCAUGGAGGCGACGCGCCGAGUUUUGCUAAUACUGAUGGUGAUGGAUGUUUUGGCAGCUCGCUUCAGCUCCGCCGUCAUUAAUCUUGAUUCAGUAGAGUCGACGACGUCGCAAUCAGCGGAAAUUAUAGACGAGGAGGCCAAAUUCCCGCCCGAUAUCUGGACGUCGAUUCUGAACGGCAGCGGCGACCCAGACCUGCUGAACGUCGACUUCUCCUUUUUCGGCCUGCACACACUGGAAAUCGACCAACAGAUAAAAGCCGACUCACGAGAAAAUUACUUGUCGGCCACGGAGAAGUAUCCGUGGCAGAAUCCGUGGUUCAAGGACUACGGGAAAUUCCGAAAAAAUCGAAAGAACAACGAUCCGCUGUUCGACCAGAACAUGGUCACCAACGUGACCGCCCAGCUCGGAGGAACGGCCUUUUUACACUGCAGAGUCAAAAACCUCGGCGAGCGACCGGUGUCGUGGGUGAGACGCAGAGACUGGCACAUUCUUACCUCGGGCGUUUUCACUUACACAAACGAUGAGCGCUUUCAAGUGGCGCACACCGAGGGUGCAGACGACUGGACUUUGCAGAUCAAAUAUGUUCAGAAAAGGGACAACGGCACUUACGAAUGCCAGGUAGCGACGGGCAGUGGCACAAUGUCGCACUACUUCAACUUGCACAUAGUGGUCCCAGAAGCGUUUAUCUUGGGCAGCGGCGAAUACCACAUCGGCGAAGGCAGCACCAUCAGCCUUGUGUGCAUAAUUGAAAAUAGUCCGGCUCCGCCGCAGUACGUAUUUUGGUACCACAACGAGCGGAUGAUCAAUUACGACACGUCGAGAGGCGGCGUAACCGUGAGCACCGAGCCGGGUCCGAAAACCCACAGCCGGUUAAUUAUCAACAACGCCAAACUCACGGACUCGGGCAACUACAGCUGCAGAGCCUCCAACACGGACCCUGACUUCAUCCAAGUGUUCGUUUCAAAAGGCGAUAAACCAGCGGCAAUACAGCGGCAGCAGAGAAAUAGCGGGUCGGAGAGAAUGUUCACGCUGGUGACGACUUCGCUUUGGUGCUGGUUGCUCACGCUCCAUUUUUACGCCAGGUGAACCACCGCUGUGACGGAUCAGACACGCGAGGACCAGACAGCAAAGAACCGCCAAGACAUGUCGUGCAGAUCGAGACUAGCAACGUUGAACGAGAAGUUAACAAUUCUGGAGAGGAAAAUUGACUAUUUGGAAGCCAGGGUCACAAAGGGAGAUGCAUUGACGUAAU